AUGUCGCAACAACCUUUUCAAGCGUGGCAGAACCAAGCAUGGAAUUACCAACAGCCACCAGCACAACAGCAACAACAGCCAUCUCAGCACCAGACCGCGCUCAACUUGAUGCAAUCGCCAACUGAUAUUUAUAUUCCAACACAAUUCGACAGACAGUUGGCGUACCCAAUGCAAUUUCCAAAUCCACAACAACUGCAACAAUCAUAUAUGAAUGGUUUAAAUCCCGUUCUAUAUCAACGAGUGCCUACGGAUCCUAUUCAGCAGCAUUUGUCGAAUAGUACUCCGUUCACUCAGCAAGAUCUGUUUAUACAACCACAUGUCACAUCGCUUCAAUCACAUAACCUAUAUCAUGGUUUAUAUGAGCGCGAGACAGUGCAACAAAAUCCCGACCAAAAUACGCCAAAGAGCGGUCAGGCUGAACAAUCAGAAUAUAUCCAACAGCAGAUCAGUCCAAAUGUUGGCGAUCAGAUGGUUAUGAGACAAGUGUUUCCUGGAGCUCAUAUGCAAACGCAGGUCCACGUUCCAACACAGACGGUUCCAAAUCAACCCAUUUUGAAACAAGAGCAGGUUGUACAUGUCCGUCACCAGCCUCAGAUCCAAACUCAAAGACAAUCUCCACAUGUAAUUCAGCAGCAAGGUCGCAAAUUGUCAAAAUCUCAAACGUUGCAACCACAGCCUUCAAACUUUCAAGAAUGCAUUCUUAUGGCUAUCAAGUGUUUGACGCUUGUACUCGCAUGUAAAAAAAAUGAUCAGAAAUAUUCACCAGAAGUUGAAGCUAGGACACGAUUUAGAUUAAGUGAGAUAUUAUUUAUGUACACGGAUAAUACGAUCGAAGCUGAACAACAUUUGGGCAAUGCUCUGACGAUGAUUCAAAAGCUUGAUAAGCUGAUUAAUCUAAAGUUUCAAAUGCUGGAGCUUCGAUGCCGAAUAUUAAACUCAAAUAACAAUAUCAAAGAAGCUACGGAUAUUCUUGAAUCAGCAUUUACAGAGGCAGUAGAACGUAACAUGCCCAAUUGGAUGUAUCAAUUUUUACUCCUACGUGCCAGUUACUUCAAUUCAUCUCGAGACUUUUCUUCCUGUACGUCGGUGUUAGAUCAAGCUGAACUUAUAGCUAACCAACGAGGAGAUAUUGACAUGAAAGCCUGCAUCCUAAUUUCCAAAUCCCAGUACGCUCUAGCACGUCCUACACUCCAAUCACUCGCUGUUGUUCGAACCUGUCUUUCCUCCCUCGCUUCGGCAUGUUUCCCCCGUACAGCAGCACAGCAACAGCCAUAUAAUGGGGUCAUAAACAAGCAGUUGCAUUUGCAAUAUUUUUUGUUGUAUAUUGUGUAUAAUAUGCACAUUGGAAAUGUUAAGGCGGCGAUGGAAAGGUUGAGUGAAGUUCAUCAAGUUUUAGAUGCGAAAGAUGACGAUGAGAGCGAUGAUGAAUUAAACGGUUUUACUAUUAUACAAAUAUCGGCUGUCCCAAUCGCUAGUGGUCCGGCUGCAGCUUCUGAUUCAUCAAGACCAACAAUGCCAGUAAUUAUACGAUGGUUAUCAAGAAAGGAAAUGUAUUCGUUGACGUUUUUGAUAUCUGGAUUGUGUAACAGAGGUGAUACGAGUAAUCUCAAGGCAACAGCGUUCUUAACAGAAGGGCUGAAGAUUGUUCAGAGAGAAAUUGAAUCAGAGGAAGAAAGCCAGUUACCUCUUCAUGAUGUGAUAAGAAUGAAGACUUUCUUUGUAAAACUGAAGACGUAUAUCUUAUUGCAUCUGGUCGAUAUUUAUAUGUUAAGAUCUGAUUAUGACGAAGCAGAGAAACAACUAGCAGCUCUAUUCGAUUGGGCGUCAAAAUAUGGUCUAUGGUCUCAUGUUCAAGUGUCUGCCACACUUGCAUUGGGAAUGAUAAAUCAAUGCGUUGGCAAGUUUAGCGAUGCGUGGGAUUACUACCGAACGGUUGAGAAGACAGCCGAAUCGGUAUAUGUUAGAACACUCGCCAAGAUUAAUAGAUUCUUAAUAUUAUUUGGUAAUUCUAACCACGAUGAUGAAAAGCAGAAACAACAGAUAAAUUUUCUGCUUAACGAAAUAAGACAGCCAAUAACAAAGGAACUCAGCAAUAUUGAUGGUUUGAGGGCAAUACUACAAUUAUUCGAAGCAUUGGUUACUAAAGAACAGGACAGGGCCAAGGAACGUCUAUAUGAAGCAUUGAAACUUUCUAAAUCGCUGUGUAAUAAUCAAUUACAAGCGAUAACGCUCACGGUCUUGGGGCCAUUGCUAUACAAAGCGCAGAACAUCCAAGCAGAAAAGACACUGGCUGCCGCAUAUACGCUGAGCAAGCAUGUAGGAAACAAUGUACAGAGUCUCAUAUCAGGGCGACUAUUGACAGAUAUCUAUGUUCACCAAGGUCAUCAACAACGAUACUCUAAACAACUCUCGCUAAAUCAACAACACGAACGCGCUAUUAAUAAUCUCCUUAAUAACUGGAGCAUGAAACAAAAAGCUGUGUUGGACUUGGUCAAUAGCAACAGUAGCAAUAGCAAUAAUGCUACUACUGUUGAUGUCGCUAACGGAGCUGCUAUUACAAAUAGUACGAAUGCUGCUUCUGAUACAAAUCAGCAACGGCUUGUAAAUGAAAGUAACCGAAGAGUUGGGUGUUAG